UUCCGCCUGGUGGAGAAUACCAAAGCCAAGUAUGGUAUCCUAGAUGAAGACACCUACAAUUUUGACGAGUCUGGGUUCAUGAUAGGUGUUAUAUCAACAGGAGCUGUUGUUACAGGCUUAGAGCGUCGUGGAAGACCAAAGACACUUGUUCAGCCAGGCGAUCGCGAGUGGGUUACCAUUAUCUAG